GUCCAAUCACACAAGACUUCAAUUUUAAAUAAGAACCGAUAGUUCCUUCUCCGUGGUACUGAAACCCACGACAACACAAAACCGACCCACAUUCUCAGGCCAGGGUUAGGGUUCCGGUUUAUACGAGACCCUGUUGUUGCUGUUUAGUGGAUUUUGUGCUCCUGCCGCCUCUCGUCGACAGCUGUUUCAUGGGAACCCAGGAGGGAGAGAGAGAUUGGGUGGAUGUGGCAAAUGAUCUACUCAGCAAGUGUCACAUAAACCUGAGGCUGAGGAAACUGACUGAUUGUGAUGCAAAUGUUUUCAUUUCCCUGUAUGAGAACAUCCUGGGAGAGAAAGUUCCAGACUACAUCGCAGUACCAUGCAGUCAAGAAGAUGACAUCCAUAACGUCCAGUCUGUGAUUGAUUCCCUGUCUCUGGACUACCUUCAGAUCAGUCUCUCACACAUUACAGGAGAAAAUGUUGUCAGAGGGGACAAAGAGUCUAUCAACAACCUCCUGGAAAUCUUCGAUGGCCUCCUGGAAUAUCUCAAGGAGGAGAUAAGUGAGGAUUCACAGAAUGGUGAGGACCUGAAUGACAGUCUGAAUGAGGAUGUGCCUGGUGAAACCAAGGAGACAGCAAAUUGUGAUGCCACAGAUAACAAGGAAGCUGAACUGGAUGGAGCUUCUUCGUCUUCCAGUGGAGAGUCCACAGUCCACUCCAGUAAACAUUCCCUCCAUUCCUGGAACGCUGAGGAGAUUGGAUCCACUAGUGAACUCAUUGGGUUGGGAGUCUCUGCACGCACAUUCACAGCCAAACAAGAAGACACAGUCAUCAACUCCGGUCCUCUGGACGCCAAGGAUGCUCCACAGACUGAACUGCUGCACUCAGCCAUCGCCCUGCAGCCACCCAACCAGAGCAACACGCCCCAGAGGCCGGAUACAGACCCACAGCCACCCAGCCAGCCCUCCACAGCUGCUGGCCUCAGCCAAGGACAAGCAGACGAGGAAGCCGUUCCUGUCAUUACAGAGACCUCUAAACCAGAAGCUGAGACAGUUGUUACCAAUGGAUUACAGUCUCAUGCUGUGUCCACUCAGCAAAGAGUCAGGACGGAAGUGGAGGGUGAGGCGCUAGAGCCGACUAAUGGGGGUCCCAGGAGGGUUUUAUUCCGAACCCAGCCAGAUGUGCUGUUCCUUACCCUGCAGGAUGAGAUGGCGGCCACAACUCCCUCUCCACCAGACACUGAAGAAGAUGAGGAGGAUCAGAAUUAUACACAAAGACAAUCGGAGAGAAGGAGGGGUCACAUGGAAAGGACGGGCCUCAGCAGCAGGUUGGAGGAGGAAGGUUUUGAGGAGCCUUUGUCGUAUCGCAGACAGAGGAACAAGAAAGCAGAAGAAGAGCUGCAUCACAUAUCUGAGAAACUCUCACAUCGACUUGAGGAACUUGAUCAGAUGCUCAAACGAGUUCUCAGUGAAAGUGGAGAGUCUAGUGAAGUUAAAGAAGAGGACAAGCAGUCCCACCACAGUGACAGCAUCAUGGAGUGUCGCAGGACCCCCAGACAACACACAGGAACACCCAACGCUGAAUCCACCCACCGAGCUCGUUCAUUAUCUCCUUCCCCUCCAAGGGCCCAUCGCUCCCUGCAGGGACAAUUGGAAGACGCCAUGGCAGAGGCCUUGAGCGUGGAUGAUGGGAGACAAACCAACCUCACACUUCCUGGUCAUUCACAGCGAGAAGAGGUACACCACAGACUGUCUCACAAGAAACAUAGCAAGAAUAAGGGGUAUGAGGAGGAGUUGAAAAGAUAUGAAGACAAGGAACGAGCAGAACUAGACAAGGCACGCCUCAAAGCUCAGGAAGCAGAGCGACAGUACAGAGAGGCCAUACUAGGGGAUGUUUCCCAAGCAGCCAGACCAUCGCCAGCAAGAACGAAGGCCCAGCACAGAUCGGAAGGUAACAGACAAACCACACCAGGACGGAGGUCGCAGGAGUCACCCAGGAAAGCCCGUUCAAUGAAAGUAAGGGAGAAUGACCUCCUCCCUGUUCUCCUCGAAGAGUUGCCCCACCUUCACAUCUCCCCCCACGCCCUGGGUCACAUGUGGGAGCAGCAGAUGCAGCAAGUAGACAGACUUCAUGCCCCGUCAUCCUCCCAUAGCCAGCGUCGCACCAAACUCCCCAGCCAGGUGGAGGAAGCCCUUAGGAAACAUGACCUGCUGGUGGAGAUCGUCCGCAAAGACCAAGAGCAUGCCAGGCGUCUGAGGGACUUCAAGGAGCGUGUCCAGCAGCAGAAGUCAACCCAGAAUAGACUGAGAGAACAGAGGCAGCAGGUUGCACGCGCCAAGAAGUACCACAGCGACUACCAUGUUCAGCACCGAGCCCGUCUGAUGAGGGCGCGCACCAAGGAAGAGAGGAUGUUUCGGCAACUGUUUGAGGAGGGUUUGGAGCUACAGAAAGUUCGGUUGAGAGAACAAAAAGCCUACGCCAGGGAGCAGCGACUGGAACAUCAGAGACGGCACCAGGACCAGAUCAAGUCCAUGGAGAACUACUACAAAGACCAGUUUUCACUACUAGCUGAAAAACUUGCACAAGAACGAGAAGACAUCCAAGUUCGGAAAAAAGCUCAAGAAAAGGCUCUGCUGAAGAUGAAACGAGAGCUGCGUUCCAGGAUGGAGCGUGAGAUUUGUGAACUGCAGAAGAUCAUCGUCCAGAACGAUGAGGACGACUACUUCCAGGAUCUGGAGGUCCAGAGGCUGCGCAGUCGGGUCCAGAUGGCUUCCUUCCAGUACAACACUAGCUAUCUGCACUGACCUCAGAAGCAAGAUGAGGGGCUGUUUUAAGCUCCACUCGAUUAUUGCUGGAUUUACAUCAGAGGAACAUGUUGCAAAAAAACUUGUUAUUGCCAUUCUCUAUUAAGGGUACGACAUUCUGAUGGCUGAGCAGUACAGUGUCCUCGGCAUCUUCUUUCAGACAUUUGCACAGGAAGCGGAAAUUCAGAUUGUAAGAACUGAAUUUUCAUUAUUAAUGAACCGAACACACUCCGAUAAUAUGUAGCUGCUAGCUUAUUUAGCUAACUCCUCUUCUCACCUCAGCUGCUAUACCUGAACUUAAUGACACCUUGGACCAAGUCCCCUUCUUCCAUGGGUUUUAGUACUUGAUACCUAAGAUUGUUUUAAAGUGGCUCUGUCACUGUGCAGUCUUUGUGUGCUGAUAUUGUAGCAAACAGCUAGUAAAAAUGUUCUUCCUUUUGCCAAAAAGAGAGCACAGAUGCAAAGUUAAUAAGUAUCAAUGUCACACUGACUGAUUUUUAACCUCUUGUCCCUUAUAUGUGCUACAUCUUUUAGUGUUUUAACCAUUCUGGUGGAUUAUUUAUUUUUUAACUUUUUCACCUGGUGUCCUGCUGUCUGAUCACCAGGGGCGAUGAUAAUCAGUCUGUCAUGACUUAUCCACUUCCUUCAUUCUGUUGUGAUCUUUAACUUUCAGCCAGAACUUAAGACAUGGUCGUUUUAAACCAAUACACAAAGAGCUGCAAUGUUAAAACACUGUCUACUGAUAUUGUGCAUUGUAUGUUAUGAGCACACGCCUCACUAUCAUCUAUUAAAUGUGUGGGCUCACUCAUCUCCUGAAGUUUAAGGCUGAUUAUAAUACACUAAAAUGAGCAAAUUAUGUAAUGAGGCAGUUGCAUCUGUAGCAUCACAAAUUAACAUGAAGGAUGAAGGUUUACAUUUGAGAGAUCUGAUUCCAGAGAGAUCCGAGAGAUCCACAAGUGGACAGCUCACAGUGCAGGCAUUAAGGCCCCAAGAUAAAUUACAAAUUCAAGAAAGAAUGUUGAAUAUUACAAAUAAAGAAAAAAAAUUAGUAGCCAAUAUAGGUAACUUUUU